GUGAAGUACUAGUGACGAACAUGUUCUAAAAAAGGGGAAAUCACAUUCUGAAGAAAGUGAAGGUUCUAUACCCUGUCGCAUAAUAAAAAACUUAUCACUACGAACUGAAAGCAAGAAAAAAAAUUAAACGAAAUUAGAGCGUCUUUUGCUCUAUAGGGUCUUUAUUGUGAUUAAGACCGGAAAUUUAUAAACUAAAGAACAAGAAGAACUUACACACGCACGCACACACACACACCAAAUAAAAUAAUACCACACUAACAAACAAACAACCAGACAAGUCACGGAGAGAAAUCAUCAAGCAAAAAUAGCUUAACAACAUGACAAAGUCAUGCUGGAGCGGCUCUGUUAGCAGCCGCUUCACGCUUAUCUCAACAAUAUUUGUUAUUGUAUUAUUAAGUAUUUCAUGUUUAGUACGCACAAUCGAUGCUCAGCAAAAGCAUGCUGGUCGACGUGAUCGUCCUCAGAAUCCUCCUCGACAAUAUAUAAAAACGCAUCCUUGUGAGAGAUCCUCGUGUUAUCCUGCCACGGGUAAUUUGUUGAUUGGUCGUGAAAACCGUCUAUCAGCAUCUUCGACUUGUGGUCUGCAUGCGCCCGAACGCUUUUGCAUUUUAUCCCAUUUGCAGGAUAAGAAAUGUUUCUUGUGUGAUACUCGAGUUGAGACGCGCAACGAUGCCUACAAGAAUCAUCGCAUUGGGCAAAUAGUGUACAAGACAAAGCCAGGCAGCACUAUUCCCACUUGGUGGCAAUCGGAGAACGGCAAGGAAGAUGUUUCUAUACAAUUGGAUUUGGAAGCAGAGUUCCAUUUUACGCAUUUAAUUAUGUCAUUCACAACUUUCCGUCCGGCCGCUAUGUACAUUGAACGUUCAUUUGAUUUCGGUCAGACAUGGCAUGUGUAUCGUUAUUUUGCCUACGAUUGCGCGGACUCUUUCCCCGGUGUGCCGACCAUAUUGCGCAACAUCACCGAUGUAGUGUGUACCUCUCGUUAUUCAAAUGUGGAGCCCUCACGUAAUGGUGAAGUGAUUUUCCGUGUGUUACCUCCUAAUAUCAACGUAACAGAUCCCUAUGCUGCUCAUGUACAAAACAUGCUCAAGGUAACAAAUCUGCGUGUUGUUUUUAAGAAACUCCACAAAUUGGGUGACAAUUUGCUAGACAACCGUUUGGAAAACGAAGAGAAGUAUUAUUAUGGUAUCAACAACAUGGUUGUUCGUGGUUCAUGCUCCUGCUAUGGCCAUGCCUCGCAAUGUUUACCCCUGGACGGCACCGAAGCUACCGAACCCGAUAUGGUACAUGGCCGUUGUCAGUGUACCCACAACACCAAGGGUUUUAAUUGCGAAUCGUGUGAAGAUUUCUUCAAUGACUUCCCCUGGAAACCUGCCUUUGGCAAACAGACCAAUGCCUGUAAGAAGUGUGAAUGUAAUGAUCAUGCAGUUAGUUGCCAUUUCGAUGAAGCGGUAUUCGAGCAAUCUGGUCGUGUUUCUGGAGGUGUCUGUGACAAUUGUAUGCAUAAUACUCAGGGUCAGCACUGUGAAGAGUGUAUGCCAUUCUUCUAUCGUGAUCCCGUGGAGGAUAUACGCAGUCCCUAUGUUUGUAAGCCUUGUGAUUGUGACCAAAUUGGUUCCUUAGAUGAAGGUAUUUGUGACUCAGUAAAUGACCCCGAAAAUGGAGCUGAGGCCGGCUCAUGCCAUUGUAAAACUCAUGUUAAGGGACGCCGUUGUGACACCUGUAAAGAUGGUUUCUGGAAUUUGGUAGCUGAAAAUCCUGAUGGUUGUGAAUCCUGUACCUGUAAUACUUUAGGAACGGUGGAUAAUUCCGGCUGUAAUAUGUAUACUGGCGAGUGUACCUGCAAACGUUUGGUUACCGGUAAGGAUUGUAAUCAGUGUGCCCCUGAAACGUACGGUCUUUCUGAAUCGGAAGAUGGUUGCACCCACUGCGAUUGCGAUGUUGGUGGUUCCUACGAUAACUUCUGUGAUGUUAUUACCGGUCAAUGUCGUUGCCGUCCUCAUAUGACAGGUCGCACCUGCUCCCAACCAAAACAGAAUUAUUUCAUCCAUCAAUUGGUGUUAGUUCACGAAGCUGAAGUAGCUAAACAUUGCAUUUCGUACUCGAAUAAUGGUAACUGUACAAUGGUGCCCUACCAGCCACCUCAGGAUCGUGUUCCAGAUUCAACAGGCAUUGGUUUCAUACGUGUACCUGAAAAUUCCGAACUCAUCAUAACAGUUGAUGACAUACCACGCUCCAUGCCCUAUGAUGUAGUCAUUCGUUAUCAAUCCACUUCCAGAGGAGAUUGGGAAGAUGCCUUUAUCACUUUAAUACGACCAGACGAAGUUGAUCCAGAAGGAGAUUGCGCUGCUGCAGUGCCACCUGGUUCCAGUAUUUACGAGUCUCGUGUGCCUUUCUACUUACCAGACCGUGAACGUCAAGUUAUUGCUUUGCGUGAAGUUUGCUUGGAGGCUGGCAAGGUUUACAAGUUUAAGAUACACUUCGAAAGACGCAGACACAAUGAAGACAAUCCCACUGCCACCAUAAUGAUAGAUUCGCUAACAUUGAUACCACGCAUAGAGCUCACUAGCGUGUUUACUGGUACUCCCACAGCCGAUUCGCGUCGCCAGGAAUACUAUCAAAUGGGUUGUAAUCAAUCACUGUACGACUUGCGUUACGGUGCAUUUGCUGAUGAACGCUGUCGUGAAUUGGAGAAUUAUGUUAGUUCGAUUAUCUACGAUGGUGCCAGUAUGUGUAAUUGUAAUCCUACUGGAUCAUUGAGUAAGGAGUGUGAAUCAAAGGGUGGUUAUUGUCACUGUAAACCCAAUGUUAUUGGUCGCCAAUGUGACCAAUGUGCUCCCGGUACUUAUGGUUUUGGACCAGAAGGUUGCAAGGCUUGCGACUGCAACAGCAUAGGAGCUAAGGACAACAAUUGUGACGUUAUUACCGGUCAAUGCGGUUGUCAUCCCAACACCUAUGGUCGUGAAUGUGAUCAAUGUCAACCAGGUUUUUGGAAUUUCCCCAAUUGUCAGGCUUGUGAAUGUAAUGGUCAUGCCCAACAGUGUGAUGCACGUACAGGCCAAUGUUUAAGUUGUGCUGAUUAUACUACCGGUUAUGCUUGUGACGCCUGUUUGGAUGGUUAUUAUGGUAACCCCUACUUGGGUAGUGAAAUAGGAUGUCGUGCCUGUCGCUGUCCCGAUACCAUUGCAAGUGGAAAUGCUCAUGCCGAUGGUUGUUCUUUGGAUUCCCGCAAUAACAAUAUGAUUUGCCACUGUCAAGAAGGUUAUGAUGGACCUCGCUGUGAUAUUUGUGCCGACAACUACUUUGGCGAUGCCGAAACUCCCGGCGGUUCCUGUGAAAAAUGUGAUUGUGGUAACAAUAUUGACAUAUACGACACUGGCAAUUGCGAUAGACGUACUGGCAAGUGCAUGAAAUGUUUGUACGACACCACUGGAGAUCAUUGUGAACAAUGUCGCGACGGCUUCUUUGGAGAUGCUUUACAACAAAAUUGUGUCCAAUGCGAUUGCGAUUUCUUAGGCACUAACAACACUCUGCAAUACUGUAAUCGUGUUUCCGGUCAAUGUCCUUGUUUGCCCAAUGUUGUAGGUUUACGUUGCGAUGAAUGUGCCGUCAACCAUUGGAAGAUUGCUUCGGGUGAGGGUUGUGAAGCUUGCGAAUGUGAUCCUAUUGGUUCGCUAUCUGAACAAUGUAACCGAUAUGAUGGCCAAUGUGAAUGUAAGGAAGGUUUUGGUGGUCGUGCCUGUAAUCAAUGUCAGUCCAACUUCUGGGGUAAUCCCAAUGAGAAAUGUCAACCUUGUGAGUGUGAUGCUUAUGGUUCAGCCGACUUCCAAUGUGACCGUGAAACUGGACAAUGUGUGUGCCACGAGGGAAUUGGGGGCUAUAAGUGUAAUCAAUGUGCUCGUGGUUAUAUUGGUGAAUCGCCACAUUGCAUGCCCUGCGGAGAAUGUUUCAACAAUUGGGACUUGAUCUUAAAGGAACUGGAAGAAGCUACCGCUGAAGCUAUUCAAAGAGCCAAGGAAAUCAAAUUGAUUGGAGCUACUGGAGCCUACACUUCGGAAUUUAACACUUUGGACAAAAAAUUACAAAACAUAAGAGAUUUGCUGCAGAAUACCUCGGUUAGCUUAAAGGAUAUUGAUGGUUUGGAUAAGGAAGUUGCAGAAUUGAGAAGCAAAUUGAGUGGAGCUAGUCAAAAACUUAUUGACACAGAGGCCAGUUUAGAAGACAUAUAUUCUGCCCUCAGUUUGUCCGCCGUCGAAUUGGAAGGAUUGCAAACCCAAUCCGAUUUGGUGAAAAAACUAUCACAAGACUUAAAAGAACAUGGCAUACAACUGCAAGAAUCCAAUAUUGAGGGCGCUCUCAAUUUGACCCGUAAUGCCUAUGAACGUGUUUUGGAUUUAUCGAACAUCAAAAAUGAAGCUGAAGAUUUUGCUAGCAACACUGAUCGUAAUUGUAAGCGUGUCGAAACUUUGGCCAACAAAAUGAAAGACGACGUUUCGGCCAUUACCGCCAAUGAUGAGAUUAUCGAUCAAUACAACAAAGAACUGAAUUCACUCACCUCCAUGAUUCCUAAUUUAAAUAAUGAAGUUUGUGGCAGUAAGAGUGAUCCUUGUGACAAUGUAUGCGGUGGUGCUGGCUGUGGCUCAUGCGGUGGUCUAUCUUGUGAAAUUGGAGCGCUUACACGCACAGAAAAGGCUCUGAAAGUUGCCAAGGAUACUGAACAAGAGAUUAAAGAGAAAAAAGACCAAGCCGAUCAAACCAUACGUGCUCUAUUCCAGGCUAAAGUGAAUGCCUCAGAAGCCUAUCAAAAGGCCAAGAGUGCCCAUGAAGAUGCCGAACGUUAUCUGAACCGUACAGAACUCAAUAUAAAACGUGGUGAAGUCAUGAUUCAAAACCUAACAGAUUUUAUGAAAAAUCAAACUGCCCUACCCGCCGAUACUAAAGAAUUGUCCCAAAAAACAUUGACAUUAGACUUAACCUUAGAUCCAUUCGAAAUCCAAAACCUGGGAGGUAAAAUCAACAAUGCUGUAUCUUCCCUGAAAAAUGUUGAAUCUAUUAUUUAUAAUACGCGUAGUGAUUUGGCACGUGUCAAAGAGCUACAAGCCAAAGCAAAUGCCACCAAAGAAUUGGCCAACGAAAUAUUAACCACUGCCAAUACUGUAGUGGAGAACCUUGAUGAUGCCGAUAUCUCACAAGAUAUUGCUCUUGAUGCUAUUUUGCAAGCCAACAGUAACAUUGAAUUGGCCGCCAAAGAUUUAGAUAAAAUUGAUGCUGAAACUAGCGAGGCUGAAGCUCCAGCUAAUGCCACUGCUCAACAUGUUGAGGAAUUGGCCAAAAAGGUAAAUCGUCUGCAGAAGAACAUACUCAAAAAUGAACUUGAUGCCAAGGAUGUCAAAAAUGAGGCUGACAAAGUAAAAGAAUCAGCUAAAAAUGCCCAUGCUGAUGCUCAAAAACUGCAAUAUUCAUCUUCAGCUGCCAACCAAACGCUGACUGAUCGUGCCAUACACUCAGAAAAUGCUCGCGAGAGAGCAAAACAACUAUUGCAGAGAGCUUCCAAACUAACAGUCGAUACUAAAGAGAAAUUAAAGGAAUUAAAACUAAUGCAAGAUUCCUAUAAGGAAAAGAAUGAUAAACUACAAAAACUCCAAGAUGAUUUGCAGCCACUACAUGCUGAACUCACAAAUCAUUUGAAAAACAUACAAACGAAUGCUGAGCGUUAUCGACAGUGUUAGAAUUAGAAUAGCAAACGAUAUACUUAAAGAUUUUUGAUUAUUUUUCAUUUAUAAAGUCAAAGCUGCUUUCUGUAUUUAUAUCAUUACAUUUCUUAAUGUUUACAAACAAACAAAUGCCAUAUCGAAGAAACAAACUAAAUAAUAUAGUACUACAUGCAAAUGCAAGUAUGUAUGUCCCUUUUUCUCCUGUUUAAGUAAAAUAAUUACAACUGUUUGAAAAACCAAUGUUAUUAGAAAUAGUUCUCUAUUUAAGACGACCAUAGUUUAAUUUUUCUUUUAAAUGCAAUAUUAUAUUAUUUUUAUACAAUUAUGUACAAUAAAAAUAAAAUAAAUAUUUGGAUAACAAACAAGUCCUAACUAAUUACUAUGUGCCUUUUACAAAUAAAACACAAACAAUAAAUAUACAUAUAGCAAUAUUUAACAACUCGAAUACGAAAUUAAAUGUUUUUGUCAUUUCUUUUUUUUUUUAAAUAUAAUUCAUUACAUUUUUUUAUAUAUAUUUGAUGUUUAAAGAUUAAAAAUAAAAAUUAAAAAAAAAAUAUAAAAAAAA